GAGCUUGAGCUGUGCUUUGGUGUAGAGACAGCUGCAAGCAAAUCAAAACAAACACAGACAAAAAGGAUUAUCAAACUCAAUAUAUAGCGACAAUGGCAUUGGAUACCUUGGCAACUGGAGCAGCUGGAGCUGCAGCAGCCAGCGCAGGCAGCGGCGGCUUUAUGCUGAGUCCUUUGCUCUCGGGCCUGCUGGGCACACUGCUCGUCAUGGCUCUGUACGAGUAUUGGCGACGCAAUACACGUGAAUAUCGCAUGGUGGCGAAUAUUCCAUCGCCGCCAGCUCUGCCGUUGAUUGGACAAGCGCAUUUGGUUGCCGGUCUGAGCAAUGCUGAGAUUCUGAACGUUGGCCUGGGCUAUCUGAACAAGUAUGGCGAGACAAUGAAGGCUUGGCUGGGCAAUGUGCUGCUCGUCUUCCUGACCAAUCCCCACGAUAUUGAGUUGAUCCUGAGUGGACAUCAGCAUUUGACCAAAGCGGAGGAAUAUCGCUACUUCAAGCCCUGGUUCGGCGAUGGUCUGUUGAUCAGCAAUGGACACCAUUGGCGCCAUCACCGCAAGAUGAUUGCACCCACCUUCCAUCAGAGCAUCCUCAAGAGCUUUGUGCCCACUUUCGUGCAGCACUCCAAGGCGGUGUCCGCGCGCAUGGCCAAGGAGGCGGGCAAGGCAUUCGAUGUGCAUGACUACAUGUCCCAGACCACAGUCGACAUCUUGCUGACCACCGCCAUGGGCGUCAAGCAGCUGCCCGAGGGCAACAAGAGCUUCGAGUAUGCCCAGGCCGUCGUCGACAUGUGCGACAUUAUCCACAAGCGUCAGGUGAAGCUGCUGUAUCGUCUCGAUUCCAUCUACAAGUUCACCAAGCUGCGCGAGAAGGGCGAUCGCAUGAUGAACAUCAUUUUGGGCAUGACACGCAAGGUGGUGAAGGAUCGCAAGGAUAACUUUACAUCCGAGACGCGUGGCGUUAUCGAUGAAGUGGAACAGCCACAGCUCAAGUCGAGUGCCAAGCAGUCGCAGGCGCCUGCUGCUGGUCUGCGUGACGAUCUGGAUGACAUCGAUGAGAACGAUGUGGGCGCCAAGCGCCGUCUUGCCUUGCUGGAUGCCAUGGUGGAGAUGGCCAAGAACCCCGAGAUCGAAUGGAACGAAAAGGAUAUUAUGGAUGAAGUGAACACCAUUAUGUUUGAGGGCCACGACACCACCUCCGCCGGCUCCAGCUUUGCUCUCUGCAUGCUGGGCAUACACAAGGACAUACAGCAGAAGGUCUUUGCCGAGCAGAAGGCCAUCUUUGGCGACAACAUGCAGCGGGAUUGCACCUUUGCCGACACCAUGGAAAUGAAGUACUUGGAGCGCGUCAUUCUCGAGACUCUGCGCUUGUAUCCACCAGUACCGCUGAUUGCUCGUCGCCUGGAUCAUGAUGUCAAGCUGGUCAGCGGUCCGUAUACAGUGCCCAAGGGCACCACCGUCGUCGUGCUGCAAUACUGUGUGCACCGUCGCCCCGACAUCUAUCCCAAUCCCACCAAGUUCGAUCCGGACAACUUCUUGCCCGAGCGCAUGGCCAAUCGCCACUACUACAGCUUCAUUCCCUUCAGCGCCGGACCGCGCAGCUGUGUGGGCCGCAAGUACGCCAUGCUGAAGCUCAAGGUGCUGCUCUCCACUCUGGUGCGCAACUACAUGGUGCACUCCAGCGAAACCGAGGCGGACUUCAAGCUGCAGGCCGACAUCAUUCUCAAGCUCGAGAAUGGCUUCAAUGUCAGCUUGGAGCCGCGUAAAUAUGCCACAGUCGCAUAAUCUGCCCUUCCGCCCCUGCCACACCCCCUUCAAACAACGAACAAAGUCAAGCAGCAUCAGCCAGAGAGUCAAAAUAUAUUUUUUGUGUGAGUUUCGUCGCGAAUUCAUUUUAAUUUUUAUUAUUCACUGCAAAAGAAGAAAACU